GGACAGACCUGUGUGACUGUUUACACUACUCAAAUCAACUACUCAUCACUUACAAUUACUCUUCUGCUCUCCUUCAUCAUAAAUCACAUUUUUUGACCUCGAGCACCUCACCCAUAUAACUCACUUCAAACUCCAAGCAAAAUGCCGAUCCAAAUCAAGUGCUGCUCGGUCUGCAGAGACAACAUGAAGAGUCAACUGGACAAUCUGAGCGUCCCUUAUACCGAGCAGAAACUCCGCGACGGCAAGAGAGUGUAUACCAUCAACAUUGCGAAUGCCACGGAUUUCCCCAAGAACUCGCUUGCCGAAGCAUGUUGGAAAUCGAUCACGUUCACAUACCACCACGCUAUUACCAAUGGAAACAUGGUCCGCUGCUCAAACUCCUAAGCGUCUUUUCGUGGCAGCAACCCCCCAGACUUUAGGGCAGCUAUAGUCAUAGCUGUGGCAGCUAGCCGCUGUUGAGGGUCAACAUGACACGUGCUGGCAUGUAACGGUUGACCCGAUGUUUAGAAGAGCAGGCGGAGGGGGAG